UACUUAGUUUUCCAUCCUGGUCAAUAUCAAGAAGUGCCAACGCCAUGAAUGAAGGGCAUUUCAGAAUAAGUGCCCGUUCUCUGGUUGAGGGCCUCUAUGUUGAAGUCAGAUGAUGACUCUAAACGUUGUGUUGAAGUCUUUGUUUGAAAUCGGGACUCGUCGUGGAUUUCCAGUCACUUCUUGUCGUUGCUUGGCUUGCGUCCUUGUGGUCUGGAAUGCAAGUGUCAACUUGGAUCUCGUCAAAAAGAGGUUCACGCUUUGAAGAUCAGCCGUGUUGCCGCCACCACAACAAGAAGGGCCACGUUGACAACCCGGUCGAGAUCCUGACCAAAACCGAAUAUGGCAAUCCCACUCUUCACACUCAAGUCGUGUUUGGGAAUAUGCAAAUCUACUUAGUAAUUGGCCCCUAUGUUUACAUGGCAUUUUAUGGGUUUGAGCCUCAUUUCGAAUGCUAGAUGAGCGUGAACUAGUCCAACAAUGAGAAAAGUCAAAAGUUCUCAAAAGUGAAAGGGUCAGCUCAGGCAAGCCGUUUGACAACCAUGUGAGUUGCAAGGUUUAAGACCUCAUGGAUCAGUAUUAAAAACUUUCAUACAAUGUCUCGAAAUGUCACUUAUGGUAUUGUACGUAUUAUUCCCAAUGACAAAUAAUCGUUAUCGAAGGUUAAGGUCCAUUCUAGAUUUGCACUCAAGAAAGAUGGACAAGUUCGUCUUAAGGUGUCUGGGCAGAUAUGAUCAUAAUGGUUGAUCAUGACAUCUCAGACAGGGUCUGACCUCUUCCAACAGCGAUCCUAUUGUUCCGCCAAUCUGAUCCACAAAAUCGACUUCCCACCACUUCCCACCCAUUUGAUUAGCCCAAUUGUUUGUCAUGUCUUGUCAUGUAUACACACAGACACACAGACUAACGCACUGUAGUGGAUGCCAUACAUCAUAGUGCUUUAUUCAUAUCACCCUUACAAAAGAAGAAAAACAUCUUUGUACUGUGUAGCGUGUGGUUGGUUGGUUGGUUGGCUGGCCAAUUGGGAAAGAUUUGCAAAACUACUUGAUGUUGUCUACCCGUCAAUUCAAUUCAAAAGUGGUCUACCUUACUACAUAAACCAGAGCCAGAUUGACAUGUGCUACUUCACCUACUCCCAAAACGAGAUGACGAAUGAAGGGUGUUUGCUAGCUUGGCCUCUACGUAUGUAUGUAUGUAUGUACAGUGUAUGAGGCAGACUUUUGUUCCAUAGAAAGUGUGAGUCAUGACUCAAGAGAGAAGAAGGUCGAGAAGUGGAGAAGCAUGUGACUGGAAUCGUAAACAAAUAUUGCUAAAUCUCAUGAACAUUCGCGAGUUUGGCACAAGCCAGUAGAGGGAGGCGAAAAGACCUUUUUCCGAAAUAUCUUCUUUUGAGGCGGAUGGAAAUAGUGGAUUGGGACGUCAAGAAUGCGGACAAAAAAGGAACAUACGAAAGUACUUGAAAUGGGGGUGCAACUUGUUAUAGGUUGAGAAAUUCCAACACGAAACAUGGGCAAUCCAUCUUGCUGGCAAUUCGAAUCGGCAUUGACAGAAUUCUGUACUCUCCAAAUCAAAUGCCUCAGAUUGUUAGCCGGAGCUCAUGAAAUAAGACAAAUGAGACAAUCUUUUACGAAUAAGUCUUUUCCACAUCUUGAUACAUUAUUGAAUAAGUUUUAACCGAAAAAUAGAACAGGGUGCUCCUACAGAGAUGCCCGAACAGCCCUGUCUCAAUCUUGGACAGAUCUUGGACGCAUCGAAUAUCGUUCGAUCCUUGGACUAUGCGGAUCAAGAUGGACUUCUGCCUUGAAUUGGUGGAUGGCAUCUCCGUAUGAGAGACAAGCAUGAGCUACAAUCUGGGUUGGUAGCUUGGUUAGUUGGGUGUUGGGUUGCUUUGAGCGAAUGGAGAAGACUUCAGGUACUCGUCUGGAUUAAGAUUACAAUGAGAAAGAAAAGGAAGAGCGAGCAAGAUGGGUCCGGUAAGAACGGGGAAGAAGACGAAUUGACCAGGAAUUCGUUUCCUCACUCGCCUGUCCAGCCUAAAUCAAGCCGAGGAGGGGGAAUGAAAAUGGAGACGAACACGACCGUGCUUCUUCUGCAUUGUCCAGCAAGCAACAGGGGAGGGGACAAUCCAGGGGAAAACGAAAACUGGAUUAGGUAUAAAACCAAGAUUCACCAUCGCAGAAGCAUCAGUGCAACAAAAACUUUCAAUUCAACCACAACCACUUGGUCCAUUCUUCAUCCUAACGAAGAUGGCAUUUUUCAAGAUUUUGGCCAUUAUUGCGGUGUGCAUGGCCCAAGGCUUGGCUGCACCCCAAUUCACACUAGCCAGAACAACCAACUUGAACCGUCAACUUGGUUUGUCCUCGCUCUCCUCUCAUUCCAAAACGGUGGACAACGCCCAUUCCCACGUACAUCGUACAGACACCCGCGUCAACAACCCGGCCCAAGUGGUUCGGCGACGGGGUCCCAUCACUCGUGUUCUGAGUCAUCAAAGCCCUUCAGUGGUCCGUGUGGCAGCAGCCGCUCAACCCGCUGUGAAUGCCAAUCCCUCCAUCUUUCAGACCGCAGAUGGUCGUUUCUUUGCCCUGAGCGACGGCAACUCCCAAAUUGACACCUCUCAGAUCUUCCAAACGGCUGAUGGCCGAUUCUUCCGAGUGGCUUUAGAGAGCGAGUUCCAGGAUGGUGGCGCCACAAUUGUUGACAAUGCCAAUCAAGAGGAUGAUGACGCAUUUACCGUGGUCCAAGCGGCUCGUCAAGCCGCAGUGCUUCGUCAAAAUGUUGCUGACACCCAGGAUGAGUUAGAUGCCGAGAUUGUUGAGGUGGAGGAGGAGAUCGAAGAAGAACCUCAAGUUCAGGUUGCUCCUGCUCGAACCGUUUCCCGUAACCGUAACCGUUCUCGCUCUCGUACCUCUGCCACCCGGAAUGCCGCCAAUGCCAACAACAACAAUGUGGUGUCUGCUAGUACCCGACAGAUCAACGCCAAUGACUUGAACUCCUUGUUCGUCUCAGCUCCCCUGACUUCAGCUAACGCUCGCUUUAUUGGGAUCUCCCCCGACCAGACUCAGUUUGUCACCACCCAAGGGAACAACCAAGGCCAAACUAUCUUCAGUGGAUCUCCAUUCCGAUCGGUUUUCACUCAAAAUGCCCUCCCUGCCCAACAGACUCAGUUCGUUCACCAAAACCAUUUCACCUCGCCCAAUAGCCUCCGCUCCGUUAGCCACGUGACCCAACCCUUCACCCAUUUGAAUACGGUUCGCGCCGCUUCUACACCAUUGACUUACUCCCUGGCUGAUGUGGCCUCUAAUGGAUAUUUCUUCUACGACAAUGCUGGGAUUGCUUAUCAAUAUUAAGCCUUUCAGAGGUUUUUUCCGUUGUUUUUGCCCCGUUUGAUCACGAUUCCACCGUUGCCACUUAUUCAGCCAAAUAAUCUCGUGCUUUUUUAAACCCUUGACACUAUUUAAUGACAUCCAUGAUUUGCUUUUCUUCAUCAUCUUAUGAAGUUUGAAUAAACUGUUUCAUAUUUAUGACAUAUACUAUCUCAUUUUCCUGUUUCCGGUCUUCCUUCGAAGAUAUGAUGUACAUGUAAAUGAAACGAUUCACUUGAAUAGUUAUUGGAGAGUGGAGAGGAGCCUGUAACUAUUCUCACGGUAUUCCACCAAAAUAAAAAUAAAAGGCCGAAGAACAAGAAUGACCUCCUUCGUUGCAUUUCUGUUGCCUCUGAUUAUAUUCAUGGCGUCAGCGAGCCCAGAUAAAUUCGAAAUUUGUCAAGUAUUCUUGGCUUCCCUGAGAAAUGGCUCCCUGUCCUUGCACGAUGACCCAGUGCUCGUUGAGAAACAGCAAUUUUGUCGCUUCUUGAUUGCUUCCUCUCAUGUCUCUAACGAUACCAACCAUCUGAAGAACAAAACGAACACAUUUCUAGGCAAUCUUUCAUCGAACCAUGGAUCCAAAGCUCCAGGAACUCAUCACAAGAUUGACGGGCAGUAUAUUUGUGAGAUACAGCUCUUCGAACGGAUGGAUUUUCAAGGACACAAAAUGUUACUGCAAAACACAGCAUUUGUACCCCGUCUAGCCGUCAAAAGCAUUCGAACGCUAGGGCCAUGCUGUUGGUAUAUUGUGACUCCCAAUCCCACGUUUCACGCGUUUAUCAGAGGCAAUGAAGAGCUCAGGACUUCGCAGGGUUGGAACUGGCAGAGGACAUAUGAUAUUGCCGGAGUUAAACAAUUGCCUGCCUGCUGAUUUUGGGUUGACCACCAUAGAACAUGUUGCGAAUUAACCACAUCCAUCCACAUCUACCAAAAUAUAUAUGCAUUUGAUUGAGGCAUUUUAUUCCCAACCAAAGGGUCAAGUUAUACCGGAGAAGGCUGUCAUUCUUGGAAACUGACUGAGAGUUCAAUGCCCUGUAUUUUCAUAAAUCAUAAAUGUUCACUUU